AUGGCCGACGACAAAGUGGGCGUAGGCAACAACAACUUGGGUAGCCGAAAGCCUUCAUGGGCCACCCUCCGCCGUGUCGACUCCCUCAAUCUCGAGGCCGGAAGGAUUCCGGUCGCCACCGCUCAUCAACCUUAUAGGGUGAAUUGGCAAAGGACUUUGAGCUUGGCGUUUCAGAGCAUGGGAGUAGUGUACGGCGACAUCGGAACAUCACCGUUGUACGUGUUUGCGAGCACUUUCAGCAACGGCAUCGACAACACGGAGGACGUGAUCGGAGUUCUGUCGCUUAUAAUCUACACCAUAGCGUUGGUUCCAUUAUUGAAGUACGUUUUGAUUGUGUUGUGGGCGAAUGACAACGGCGACGGUGGGACGUUCGCUCUAUAUUCGCUGCUGUGCCGCUACGUGAAAGUGGGAUUGAUUCCAAAUGACCAGCCAGAGGACAGGGAACUGUCCAAUUACCAGCUGGUCGUGCCUUCCAACCUGAGACGGUCUCAGAAAGUGAAGGAGAAGCUUGAGAACAGUAUGUUUGCAAAGGUUGCCCUUUUUCUUCUCACCAUUGCUGGGACUUCCAUGGUUAUUGGAGAUGGGGUUCUCACUCCCGCUAUCUCAGUGCUCUCGGCCGUGAGUGGAAUCAAAUCACUAGGGACAGAUGCGGUUGUGGGGAUAUCAGUAGCAAUUCUUGUGAUCCUGUUCAGCAUUCAACGAUUUGGAACAGACAAAGUGGGGUUCUCGUUUGCCCCAAUAAUCUUUAUAUGGUUUUCAUUCAUUGGUGGCAUUGGCCUCUUCAACUUGUUCAAGCAUGACCCUGCCGUUCUCAAAGCUUUUAACCCUAAAUAUAUCUUUGAUUACUUCAAAAGAAAUGGCAGCCAAGCUUGGGUUUCCCUUGGUGGAGUUUUUCUUUGCAUUACAGGAACUGAAGCCAUGUUUGCCGAUUUGGGUCACUUUAAUGUCCGGGCUAUUCAGAUUAGUUUCGGUUCUAUCGUAUUCCCUGCUUUGAUAGCUGCCUACAGUGGGCAAGCUGCAUAUCUAAGAAAAUUCCCGGGCCACGUCGGCAAUACUUUCUACGAUUCAAUUCCAGGUCCUUUGUACUGGCCAACGUUCGUAGUUGCGGUGGCGGCAUCAAUCAUAGCAAGCCAAGCAAUGAUCUCAGGAGCAUUUGCAAUAAUAUCACAGUCCUUGUCUUUAGGCUGCUUCCCCAGAGUUAAAGUCGUCCAUACUUCACACAAGUACGAAGGCCAAGUCUACAUCCCGGAGAUCAAUUACCUUCUAAUGUUGGCUUGUGUCAUCGUCAGCGCUGCCUUCCAAACCACGGAGAACAUCGGCCACGCUUACGGCAUCGCCGUCGUCACCGUCAUGAUCAUGACCACUGGCAUGGUUUCUCUCAUCAUGAUCGUCAUUUGGAAAACCAGCAUUUGGUGGAUCGCUUUGUUCCUUCUCGUCUUCGGCUCCAUCGAGCUUCUCUACUUCUCAUCCGUCCUCUAUAAGUUCACUCAAGGAGGGUUUCUCCCCCUCGUCCUUGCUCUUUUCCUCAUGGCUGUCAUGAUCGUUUGGCACUAUGUUCAUAGGGAGAGAUACGUUUUCGAGCUCAAAAACAAGGUCUCCUCUGGCUACAUAACCGAGUUGGCUUGUAACCCUAAUGUCAACCGAAUUCCUGGAAUUGGCCUUCUCUACUCCGAGUUGGUUCAGGGUAUUCCUCCUAUCUUCCCUCACUUCAUUUCCAGCAUUCCCUCGGUUCAUUCUGUCAUCGUCUUCGUCUCCAUCAAGUCCAUUCCGAUCAGCAAAGUCGAGCCCAAGGAGCGGUUUUUGUUUCGGCACGUGGAGCCGAGGGAGUAUCGAAUGUUUCGGUGUGUGGUCAGAUAUGGAUACAAAGACGUGAUCACCGGAUCAGCCGAGUUCGAGCGGCAGCUGGUGGACAGUUUGAAAGAAUUCAUACGCCAAGAACACAUAAUGCUGGAAGGGAUCCCAUUAGAGCCAACCUCAAACCAGAGCCACUCAGGCAAAAUAGAACCAACAAAAGCAAAACCCUCUUCUUCAUCUGCAGCAACAGUGCACGUCGAAGGAACUGCAGCGGAAGUAGCGAGCCAGUCACAGCGCUCAUCGGGGUCCAUUCAGUCGUUCAACGCUUCAAAAUCGAGGCACUCAUCGAACGCCAUAGCUGCGGGAGGGGCAGUAGAAGAAGAGAUGCAGUUCGUAGAGAAAGCAAUGGAGAAAGGCGUGGUUUAUCUGUUGGGAGAAGCAGAGGUGGUGGCUGAGCCAGAAUCUUCACUGUUUAAGAAGAUAGUGGUGAAUUAUGCCUAUAGUUUCUUGAGGAAGAACUUUAGGCAAGGGGAGAAUAUUCUUGAGAUUCCUCGUACCAGGCUUCUAAGGGUUGGAAUGACUUAUGAAAUAUGA